AUGUCUCACCAUAUGAGCGGGCGCUCGUUCACUUCCGAUGAUGAUGAACCUUUAUAUUUCACGCCCACAUAUAAGCCCGAAGACCUCAUUUGUGAAGGCUCCGAUACUGAGGCAAAUCCCAGAGCCAUAGUCGAAAAACAGCGGCGAUAUGAACAGUGUGCGGAAAGGGUGCUACGUGGACAACUACCAAUUAUUCAAUCUGCGGCACUCAGGGGACCUUUUUAUAAAGAUAACAAGAACGAAUGGGUGAACCCAUGGAGACAUCGAGAGGGGGGCUGGUGGAAGCCUGGAUCGAAAGAUAUGCUAUUCAGAAGGGAGGACGUUAUGCGACGAGCUAAAGAACAUGGCAGAAAUGGUAUGAGUCCUACGGAAGCACUUGCUUGGUGCCGACGGGAUGCUAAACGACAGGCCAAAGAAAUGGGAAUCGACGAUAAUAUGGAUAUAGAUAGCGAUUCUGCGACUCAUUCAAAUAGACUAGUUGUGGAUGAGACAAUACACGAAGAUCUAUCAAUGGAAAAGAGAGGGGUUCUACCUAAAGGCGAGGGGACGUUGGGCGGGCCACUAUUACCACGGGUUUCGUCGUCGACAUUUUCUACGCGCGCGAAUAUUGAAGAUUUUGGGGAUACGCCAAUGAUAGGAGGCUCGGUUCUGGAUAAAGAUAAUGACGGUAAAGAGUUGGAAAUAUGGGCUGGUGUCAAGAGACCUGUAAAUAUAGCUUGGUUGAAAGGCUCACAUAUCUCGAAGCGUGCUCGUUGGGAGGACCCAGCAGUUUCAUCGCCAACCCCGUUACCUCAUGGAACAGGCCAGAAAUAUCAGGAAAAGGUCACAGGAAAUAUUGCCGUCGCACAGAAUCGAAUUUCGCAUGCAAUUCAACCGCGAUUGGGUCUGUCUCUGGAGACUCCUCAGCACGCGCCAGCUUCAGGAAAGAGCUAUGUAUCUCUACAGCAAUCAGGUACUACAUUCGAUAGGGAAGGUUCGUUUCACACGAAUAUCGGACAACAAGUGCAACAAUAUUUUAGCUUUACCGCAUCCGAACCCGACAUCAACGCCACAUAUCCAUUUGAGGAAUCCCCCAAGCCCUAUCCGACUGUACCACUCGACAAUCCGGCCGGCCAGGAAGCUCGCGCCUCACAGCAUUCAGCAACAAAACUGGUUACUUCCCCGAAACUCCCAUCGCAUCGCAGGAUCGGUGCUGUACUUAAUAAAAACCACGAAACCCCAGGAAACAUUAGUUUUAUCACCGACGUUGCACCAUCGUCUGUGAACUUGGAGCACUUUCAAUUUCGAAAGAAGCGUAGACGCAAAACUGAUCCCACAGAGGUAACCAAUCGACCUCUGAGUGAUAUAGGAGAAAAGAUUGGAGCUCCAUUAUCCGAAGGCAACAUGCCAGCUCCAAGUGUCCAAAGAGAUACAAUAAUUUCGACCCCCUUCAUCCUACACCCUGUUCAGGGGGAAGGUGGGUCAUCAACAUCACUAAUUCGACGUACUGAAUUUCCAAGGUCGAAAGGUUCAUCUGGCAGAAGCUCUCGAGUGGAUGAAAGUUGGCUUACUACACAAGAAGAAGUUGGAUUUAGUCCAUCGACAAUGACUUCGGAUAGUAAGAGAACAAUGGAGAGUGAAUGUUCUCCACAACAUGAAAACUUCGAUAACAGUUGGGUCACAACACAAGAUGACUUCCAUCACGCUCCAGCAUCGUCUGCAUCAAUGGACUUAACGCAGAUCUAUAAGAUUUCGAAUUUUUUGCCACGCUUGAAUCAUGUCGAGCAUAUUGAUGCUCCUGCAUUUAAAGGCCACGAGCACAAAAGUAGUUUACAAUCAUCGCCUCUGAAAGACCCUUCUUCUGUACUUUCUGUACGCCCUCCCACUCAAUCACCACAUUCACCUGCCCUUCCGGAAAAUUCGAACAAACGAGUUCCAAUGCAGUAUAAUAACCUCGAUGGAUCGAGUACACAAUCAUACAACACCAGUCCAGUCAGAUUAGCAGAGAAUAAUCUGAGCUCUUCACAGGCCUGCAUCUUACCACAAAAUCUUGGAUCAAGCCAACAAUUGCCGCUUAGAGUCACAACCACACCUGAAGCAGAAUUUAAUGAAGAUACCCGCGAUGACAAUCCUAGAUGUUGCCAGUUAGUACACGUGCAGAGAUCCGACGAUAAGAAUGGGGAUCAUGCCCAAGUAGCCUCUCUGGAGGUCAAUAGUGCGCUUGAGGGUGAGCAAAUCCAGGAGUUUACCGUGCUAGAGACUAGUCGAGAACCUAAUAUUGAUAUGGUACCUCGAGUCAAUUUAGAAGUUUCUGUAAUACUUCAAGAUGCAGAAGAUAUGCCGGGUGUCAAUCAAGAAGAAAAAUUGCAGGAAGGGGUGCAGGAAGCUAUGCGGGCCGAGCCGGGUGCCGGUGACGUUCUAAAAAAUUCGGUUCUUUCUAGCGGCCAACCAUCAACGUCAUCAUCAUCAGCAACAAGAGACAACCUCACCAUACAUAGCCCCACAUCAAUUCAAAGAGCCAUGAGCGUCAAUCAGAUUCCUAAAAGCACUAUGUCCAAACAAUUCACACCCUUGCUGCUUAGCGAGGAGGAUGUCACUUCACCAGCUAGCACCCAAGAUCUUAAUGAACACGUUUUAGAAGCAGCUGCUGUAGAAGAAGAUGUAGCUAUUCCUUCCAGAGAUGCAGGACCUGUUAAUACUUUAAACCCAGAUCCGGAUAAAGAUAAGACUACCACACGAAAUCUCAGCCCACAGAGUCCCUGGGGACCAGGUGAGGCAGGGCUUAUGGUCUGUCCAGAAGUAAUUCCAACUACUGAAAAGGCCGAGCGAUUAUCCGAUGCCGACUCUCCCAAUUCCGGGUGGCAAAAGGAAGGGCAUCCAGCCACACCCGAUAAUGACAUUAUUCGACCUUUCCGUGAUCUAAUGACUCCAAGUCCUCCACCGGAAGCUGAACAACAGCCAUCAAACACACAGCUUCUUGUAGAAGCAGCCACACAAAAUCCUUGGGUGAAGGAUUCCGAGAAGAAUUUGAAACGCAAACGCGUAUUAUUCGACCUAUUGGAUGAUGAAGAUCCAGUUCAAUCUCAACACAAUUCGCAGCGUCAACGUCGUUCUCCGUCUCCCGAGAGUACAUAUCGGUCAGGGUCUUUCGGAAGCAAAGUGGCUGAAUUUGACGAUGGUGUCACAGAUAUGAAUAGCUUUCAAAAUCACUUUUCCGCAGUCCACAGAAAGCCUGUAAGCGACGAUUCUUUAAAGGCCAAUGGCUCCGUCAAGCGCCCGUUAAUCGCACAAUACAAGUCAACCAUUUCAGAUGCGACCAAUCUGGUUACUAGUAGCCCUGCAAUCGAUGCAAUGGCAGAAGCUUUCAUCGCAGCUGAUCGCGAUUCUUCACGAGAGAGAGAACGUCGCUUCGCAAACAGCCCUUCACCAACCCGAAAAUCCAAGAGGAAAAACUAUAUAACUUUCGAGGAUGAAGAUGAAGAUGGAGACGAUACGGUGUUUCAACCCCCAAAUUCCCACAUCUCUACAAAUGUAGCUCUGAAUGAAAGAUCCAGCAACGCAAAACUGGGAGAUCAUACACCAAAAUAUUCCCUCGAUGAAGUGGAAGAUUUCUUAGGGGAAGAUUGGUCGGUCGAGGGGGAAUUGAAGAAAGCUAGUCUGGAAUUUGAAUCGUCGACGCCAAGACGGGAGAAUAAUGUACAUUCACGAGGAAGUCUUUUUGCUUUUGAGAAUAUAUGGACAUGA